AUGCCCUGCUCUGAUGAUGUCCGUCCUACGAAGGAUGAAGGCUCAGCACAUUAUCAUCAACAAUUCUGCUGCAGUAAAACCAAUUGGCAGCUGAUCAAGAUGAUUCUGACGUCGUCUUAUGAUGCAACCCAUCGCAUAGUUUCUCGCAAAAUGGACGUGGGCUCCAUACUUGCGAUGAUGACCGUCUCGAUUAUGCGGUUGUGGCAGAGACGAGUCGACCUCCUGACCGUCUACUUUUCAGAGAACUCACUGCUCCUCAGAAUGCUCUCCAGCUCGUCUACAGGACCGAGAGAAGAUGACUCCGGACUUACCGAUGGCGAGGGAGGGCGUGCACAUGAGAGGGUCAGUAGGAGAUGGAAGAUACAAUCGGGAACUGUGAAGAUCCGCCCGUAUCAUCGCCAAGUCGGUGAUUAA